GCGAGACUGAUGGAGCGAUCGUUAGAGUCUCAGUGAUGCGGCAAGCCUGCAGAGCUGUUGCGUCAUGGCGGCUAAGCGCUUCCUGCUGAUGGUGGUGGUGGUGGUCGUCGUCGUGGUCGAGGGCGGCGCCGCCGUGGAGUUCGCCUACGAAGGCUUCCGCGGCGCGGGCCUGUUGCUCGACGGCAUGGCGACCGUCACGCCGGCCGGGCUUCUGCUGCUCACCAACGACACCAACAUGGCGUCGUCACAGAAGAACUACACCGGCAUGUCCAAGGGCCACGCCUUCCACCCGGACCGGGUGCGGUUCGGCCGCCCGGCGGCGGCGGGGGCAGGUGGUGGCUUUGCAGCCGGGGUGUCGUCGUUCUCGACCACGUUCGUGUUCGCCAUCGUGUCGGAGUUCCUCGACCUGAGCACGAGCGGGUUCGCGUUCUUGGUGGCGCCGUCCACGGACCUGUCCACGGCGAUGCCGCAGCAGUACCUGGGCAUGUUCAACGGCACCGACAACGGCGACUCCCGCAACCACGUCUUCGCCGUCGAGUUCGACACCGUGCGCAACCCGGAGUUUGCGGACAUCAACAACAACCAUGUCGGCGUUGACGUCAACAGCCUCAACUCCUCGGCGGCCGAGCCGGCGGGGUACUACGACGACGGCGACGGCGCAUUCCGGAACCUGAGCCUGAUCAGCCGGGAGCCCAUGCAGGUGUGGGUGGACUACGACGCCGCCGCCGCGGUGGUCACCGUGGCCAUGGCGCCGGCGCGGCGGCCCAGGCCCAAGAGGCCGCUCCUGUCUGCGAAAGUCAACCUCUCGACGGUCAUCACCGACACGGCGUACGUCGGCUUCUCGUCUGCGUCCAGCAUCGUGCUCGUCAAGCACUACGUCAUCGGCUGGAGCUUCAGUCUCGGCGGCGACGCUCCGGCGCUCGACUACGCCAAGCUGCCGAAGCUGCCACGCAUCGGCCCCAAGCCCCGGUCCAAGGCGCUGACCAUCGCGCUGCCGAUAGCCACCACGGCGGCCGUCCUCGCGGCGGUCGCCGUCGGGUUCUUGCUCCUCCGCCGACGGCGAAGGUACGCCGAGCUGCGCGAAGAUUGGGAGGUGGAGUUCGGGCCGCACCGGUUCGCGUACAAGGACUUGUACGACGCCACCGGCGGCUUCAAGGACAAGCGACUCCUCGGAGCAGGAGGAUUUGGCAGGGUGUACAGUGGCGUGCUCCCGGGGUCCAGGACACAGGUAGCCGUGAAGAAGGUGUCCCAUGAAUCAAGGCAAGGAAUGAAGGAGUUCGUCGCCGAGGUUGUCAGCAUUGGCCGGCUCCGGCACCGCAACCUCGUGCAGCUCCUCGGUUACUGCCGGCGCAAAGGGGAGCUCCUUCUGGUCUACGACUACAUGCCAAACGGAAGCCUCGACAAGCACCUUCACUAUCACGGCGACGACGACAGGCCCGUCUUGGACUGGGCUCAGAGGCUUCAGAUCAUCAGAGGCGUCGCCGCCGGGCUGCUCUACAUGCACGAGGUUUGGGAGAAGGUGGUCAUACACCGAGACAUCAAAGCGAGCAACGUGCUCCUCGACGGAGACAUGAACGGGCGGUUGGGUGACUUCGGCCUUGCGAGGCUGUACGACCAUGGUGACGACCCACACACCACGCACGUGGUAGGCACCAUGGGCUACCUCGCUCCGGAGCUCGUGCGCACCGGCAAGGCGACCACUCUCUCCGACGUGUUCGCCUUCGGCGCGUUCGUCCUGGAGGUUGCCUGCGGCCGGAGGCCCAUCGAGGAGGAGGAGGAAGGCGUGGACGGCGCCGCCGCUGGCGACCGGUUCGUGCUCGUGGACUGGGUGCUCGGGCACUGGCGCGAGGGAUCCAUCGCCGGCGCGGUGGACGCCAGGCUCGGCUCGGACUACGACGCCGCGGAGGCGGAGCUGGUGCUUAGGCUGGGGCUGGCGUGCCUGCACCCGUCGCCCGCGGCGCGGCCGAGCAUGCGGCAGGUCACGCAGUACCUCGACGGCAGCGCGCCGUUGCCGGAGCUGCCCACGACGUACGUGACAAUCAACACGUUCGAUGACGUGGAGAAGCACCGGCCUCUCUUCGACUCGUGGUUCGUCUGGCGGCCGACCUCGACGACGACGACGAGCGUUGCCACCAUGUCUGACAUCGGCCUCUCUGGCGGCAGGUGACACCACCAGAUACGUGUCCUUCCGUUGGAGUUACGACUUAGAAGAGUUUCAGUUAGCAAUUGGGAAAGGGGCCGUCUAUGCGUGCACUUGUGUGAUUUGAAGGCUCCCAUCACCCGUGUGAUUUGGCCACUCAAAUCACCCAAAUUUGUAUAGGGCUGAUGAUUUGAGUGAUUAUGGAGGACCCUCAAGCAGGUGAUUUGGUA